GCCUCCUUGAGCUCCUAGGAGACUCAUUGAUUCCUCCCAUCUGCUUCCAGAGCCUGCACUCUGCUGUGGUGCUGGUGGGGAUGCUGGCACUCCAGUGCUCGUGUGCGUGUAGCCUGCUGUGGCAGAUUCUGCUUGGAAAAGCAGCCCCAGGUUUGGGCUCCUGCCCCUCCUUCCCCAGGGCUGCAGGUUUGGCCUUUGCCAGGCCUGGGGAAAAAUCUGGCAGGCAGGAAGGGUCCUGGCUAGUCCUCUGUGGCACCCCUGGAGCCCCCACUGUGCAGAGGAGCUGGGAGGCUGUGGCACAGCAGCUGUGGAGCCAGAGCAUCAGUGGACAGCAGAUGUGGCUUCUGGCAUCAGGAAAAUGUUGGGAUUUGUCCCCCGGGGCAAGGGAGUCCCAGCACAAACAGAGCGGGGGAGCUGGGAUUGGACUGGAACUGUGGAGCGUUAUAAAGAGUGCAAGAACCUUCCUGGCGCCCUGUGGAUCCCUCUGUACCUGGCACGGGGCCAGGGCAGGAUGGGGUCACCGAAGGGGAUGGAGGGUGGCACUGGCUAUGGAACCCUGAUGGCACCAUCCCUCCCUGGCACCAUGGGGAGUGCAGGGUGACACCUCCCCACAAUCAGGGAGCUGUGCUGCUGCCAGUACCCCUUUGUUCAGGGGGAUAAUUAGCCUAAUGGGGCUCCGAGCAUCAGCCUGGAGCACUGUGCUGCCGGUGCUGGCCAGCAUUGACCUUCAGCCCCUUUGUGCCAGCCCAGCCACAGGGCCUGUGGGCAAUUAGGGCCUCAUUAGUGCCUGGCGCCCCAGCCACUGAGCACCCACACAAUGAGGAACUGCAAAUGAGGGGAAAGGCCUGGAUGGUCUCCGGGCUACCGGCCCCAGCGCGCCUGUGUCUCCCAGAGACCGUCUGCUCCCCGCUGCCCCAGCGGUAUUUUUGGCAGCACCAUUGUGCUGGGCCCUAUAAAGCAGUGGCAGCAGCACAGGGCACUGUGCUCUCAGCUGCCCAGGGGGACAUGCCCCAGAGCUACUCGGCUGCCUGAAGACCCCAGGAAGGAUGGAGGUGCCAAACACCAAGCUCCAGCGAGCUUCCUGCCUCUUGCUCCUGCUCCUGCUCUGCUCCCUGGCCUCUCCCCGGCAGAGCCUGCCCGACUGCUGCCGGCAGAAGACCUGCUCCUGCCGCGUCUAUGACCUCCUGCACGGCAUGGGCAACCACGCCGCUGGCAUCCUCACGCUGGGCAAGAGGAAGAGUGGCCCCCUGGCCUUCCAGAGCCGGCUCUACCGCCUCCUCCACGGCUCCGGCAACCACGCCGCGGGCAUCCUCACCAUGGGCAAGCGCGGGGAGCGCCCUGGCACCACCGGCCACGACACAUCGGGCUGCCCUGCAGGCGAGGACACCCAGCCAACACCAGCACUGCGAGGUGCUGACACUAGCCCUGCCGGCCCCAGGGAGUGCCAGGGACACUCAGGGAAGGACCUGAGCACGAUCCAGGCCCAGGGAGCGGCAGGGAGCUUUUACUGAGUGGGGUGGGGACAGUGAGGGCAGAGAGGGGAUGUCUGGGGGGGAUGGAAUCCUGGGACACACACUAGGAGCUCGGUGUAAAUAGCACUUUUAGAUACCUCCUCCCUGGCUCAGCCUGCCCAGGGAACUGCGGGCACCGCGGGCACCGCGGCCUUUUACAAUAAACGGUAGCCUGAUGUCA